AUGGGGUCUUUCGGUGAUUCUCGAACUGGAGAACCAGUUGACAAAAUGUCCUCGCCAAACCCUAAAGACUCCAUGAAAUCCACCUGGCGCCACAGCAGCAAAGACGAAUGGACAAUAUGGCACUGGUUCUACGAAGUCCUGGGUAUACAUCCUACAGUGUUGGACAGGGACGUGCCCAUUCAUUCCAAAGAAGAACCCGUUCCUCAUCUACCGGAAUGGAAAGAACAUCGAUGGGUGCUGUUGCAUGCUGUGGUUCCCUUGAUAUUGCACGAGACAUACGUCCUUUAUACGGGACGGAACUUGGGACCAGUCGCCGCUUUCUUUCUGUACGCAACUGCGUUCAAGGUCAUUGCGAUCAAUCAGCUGCAUAUGCUACGUGGGUUAGGGCAUAAAUAUGGAUUUUUCGACGGCGAUAAACAUGCGAGAGAUGGCGUUCCUGAUGUCGGGGUUGCCAAAGUCGUGCAUUCGCUCAUGUCCACGUCCACGUUUCGGCCAAUGAUGACUGUGUAUUUGGCAUAUAAGACCUCUGCAACGCCUGCAGCAGAGUUGCGCGCGAACUGGGCUUGGUUGAUUAUGGAGGUCAGUUUGUACGGAAUAAUCUUGGAUUUCUGGUUCUAUUGGUAUCAUCGCUUGAUGCAUGAUGUGGAUGUACUGUGGAAGUACCAUCGUACCCAUCAUCUAACCAAACACCCUAAUCCACUAUUGACGUUGUACGCGGACACGGAACAGGAAUUCUGGGAUAUCGCCGGAAUCCCGCUCCUAACAUACGGGACAAUGAAACUCAUGGGUAUGCCCAUGGGGUUUUAUGAGUGGUGGCUAUGCCAUCAAUACAUCGUCUUUACAGAGUUAGCCGGCCACUCGGGACUCAGAAUUCAUGCUACUCCCCCCAGCCCCCUGAGUUGGUUGUUGAAGUGGUUCGAUGCGGAGUUGGUGAUUGAGGAUCAUGAUUUGCAUCACCGGACGGGCUGGAAGAAGAGUCAUAACUAUGGGAAGCAGACAAGGCUGUGGGAUAAGAUUUUUGGGACGUGCAGGGAGAGGAUUGAGUCUGGGAAGGGGAUGGUGGAUUAUAAUAGCACUGUUGAUAUGCCAUGGUAUUAA